UUGUAUGUUAAAGAACGAGGUUAUAUUUCUUCUCUUUGAAUAUUAAAAAAAAAUGAAUUUUAUAAAAUGUGUAACUAAUCUGUUAUCGAACCAGACCUUAAAGACAAGCCAAAACCUUCAGCAAAUUCGCACAAAGUAUGUAAACCGUUGGAUGAUAAGGGAUGUAAAGAGGCGGAAAGUGGUAACUGAGUACGCCCCCAGUCGCCUACGGAUAAAUUCUUUGAGGAAGAACGAUAUUCUGCCACCUGAGCUAAGGGAAAUAGCAGACGCAGAAAUUGCAGCUCUGCCUAGAGAUUCUACUUUGAUGAGGCUUACAAGGCGAUGCGUAGUCACCUCAAGGGGGAAAGGCACCGUUGUGCGAUGGAGAUUGAGUAGGAUUGUGUUUAGGCAUCUAGCGGAUUAUAAUAAAUUGGCUGGUGUACAAAGAGCUAUGUGGUAGUCUUGGGUGUGUGAUUAUAGUUUUUUUUUUCUUAUAAUCUUAGUAAAGUGUAUAUAAUUUAC